UACAUAUUAAUUAGUUGUGCAUUUAUAUAAAACUACCAUUAUUAAUUCGCGAACAACAUUACUGUUAUUAAUUGUAUUAAUAUUACAUAUUAAUUAAUUAUGCAUUAUUUUCUAUUUUUAUUCUCGCGUACAAUUAUUGUAACGCUAUUAUUAUUUUGCGUACGAUUACAUGAGUAUUAAGUUGCGUCGAAUAUAUUAUUUUAAAUACUACAAUUCUAUUAUUAAGUUGUGUAUGUUUUUACUAUUAAUAUUUGUAUGUAAAGUUAGAACAACUAAUUUGCGCAUAAUCCUAACAUUGUUAAGUUCUAUAUUAUCUUAUUAGCAUAAUUCCGCAAUAUGCGCGCGCUCAUAGAGUAUAUUAAUCCUUAUGCAUGCGUUUCUAGCAUAAGUAUGCGACAAUAGAAUAGGAAAUCGUAAGAGCGACAAAGAAAGAAACAGCGACCGUACUGCGUCUCUACUCCCACUACUAUUCCUCCUGCACACGGCGUCCGUAUUCCCACCAUUUCUACUUCUCGCAUACGGCGUCCGUACUCCCACUACUACUAUUUCUCGCAUACAGCAUCCGUACUCCCACUACCACUAUUUUGUAACACUCUGCUAAUCCACUACACCCCCACCCUUACUGGUGCAUGGAAGACCCGCGCUUUGCUGCCUACACCACUCGCCCAUCGACAGAGAAGGACGUCCCUGAGCACAUUCCGUACAAGCUAGUACGAAUCUCCGUCGUGAAGCGACCUGUCGACGUGACACAUAUUUCUAAGGAGGAUCCAAGGUACGAGUUUUACGCCUCCAAAAAUAGGGGCGACCGCAGCACGUCUGCUUAUUUCCCAGGGAUACUCCGAGAGCCGGAAGGAUCGUUUAUCGCGUUUGAGAGAGAAAUAAAUGGGAUGAGAGACAGGUUAAAUAAACGUAUUUAUUAUUUAUCAAUCAGUAUUAAUCUUCAUUUAUUGAAUACAUAACCAAUA